AUGCCACCCCCAACAACCCCAACACCAAACCCUUCAAUCCCCCAAAAAGCCACCCUCACCCCCCUCCCGCCCUUCCAACCCGACCUCUACCAACGCGCCUGGUCCUCCAUCCCGCACCCCACCCUCCCCCUCCUCGCCACCGGCCACGCCAAAUCCGUCACCGUCUUCUCGCUCGCCACCCUCUCCAAGCACAGCGCCCUGACGGGCGGCCACGCGCGCUCCGUGCGCACCGUCGCGUGGCAGCCUGCGAGGGGUGGUGGUACCGGGGGAGGGAGUGGUGGGAAGAGGUUGGGGUUGGUGACGGGGAGUUUUGAUGCGACGGCGGGGUUGUGGAGUUUUGAGGGGGAUGCGGAUGCUGCUGCGGGGGGUGGUGGUGGGGGGUUGGAGAGGGAGGUGAGGAUGGGUGGUGGUGGUGGUGGUGGUGGUGAGAGUGAAGAGGAGGAGGAGGUGAGGGAGUGGGAGUUUAAUUUGGUGUUGGAGGGGCAUGAGAACGAGGUCAAGUCGCUGGCGUUUUCGCCGGGCGGGCAGUAUCUGGCGACGUCGAGCCGCGAUAAGUCGGUGUGGAUCUGGGAGGAUGUGUCGUCCGGGCAGGGCGGGGAUGAUGAGGAUGAGUGGGAGACGGUCGCGGUGCUGAGCGAGCAUGACGGCGAUGUCAAGGCUGUCGCGUGGUGCCCGUCGAACCUGCCGAAUGCGAGGGCCGGUGUCGGGCGGCAGCACAACAGCUCCGAGGUGCUCGCCAGCGCGAGUUAUGAUGAUACCGUUAGGGUGUGGCGGGAGGAUGCCGAUGGGGAGUGGGUGUCCGGGUUCGGCGGGGUGCCGAGCACGAUGCGGAGGUCGCUCAGGGAGGAGUGGGACUGCACGGCCGUGCUGCCCAAAGUGCACACGCGGGAUGUGUACUCGGUGUCGUGGAGUGCCGACACCGGGCUAGUGGCUAGCACGGGCAGUGAUGGCAUCAUUGCGGUAUACGCCGAGGAGAGCGCGCCCGAGGACGUCGCCAAGUCGGGUGUGGAAGGGGGAGCAGAAAAUGGCACAUCCGGGCCGAAAAGUAACUGGAAAGUAUUGGGCACCAUCACCCGCGCCCACGGCCCGUACGAGGUCAACCACAUCACAUGGUGCAAGAGGUUUGACCCUGGGGCAGAACACAAGGGCAAGGAGGAGAUGCUGGUCACGACAGGUGAUGAUGGGGUCGUUCGGCCGUGGCAGGUCAGGAUAUCAUGA